AUGAGCACGCAGAGUAAGGAGAAAUCUCCCAGCGGAGAUGCUCAGCGGGAAGAUGACAUGCAAUAUGGCGUCGUCGGAAUGAGUCUAGAAGAAUUGGAAGAGAAGUUCCCCAAUCGACCCAGAAACCAUUCCAAGACAUUGGUCUUUUCCGAGCUAUUCCGGGAGCUGUUCAACCCUCUCAGUGAGAAUAAGAAACAGACUGCAACAGGCGGAGGCCCCAAGAAGGCAUUUCGGGGCGUAAACAAACUCUCGCCCCAUGAGCAGCGACGACACAUCAUUGAACGAUUCAUCAUCCGAUGGCGCAAGGAGGUCGGCAACGACUUUUACCCAGCGCUGCGCUUGAUUCUACCUGACAAGGACCGUGAUCGCGGAGUCUACGGCCUGAAAGAGAAUGCUAUUGGCAAACUCUUGGUCAAGCUCAUGAAAAUCGACAAAAAUUCCGAAGAUGGAUACAAUCUCCUUCACUGGAAGCUGCCCGGUCAGACUGUCGCUUCUCUCUUGGCUGGAGAUUUUGCCGGUCGAUGCUUUGAGGUCAUAUCGAAGCGACCCAUGCGGACUGAGGUUGGAAAUAUGACCAUUGCCGAGGUCAACGAGCAGCUCGACAAGCUAGCAGCGUCGGCUGGCGAGGCCGAGAACCUCCAUGUUUUCCAGACAUUUUACAAUCGCAUGAAUGCCGAGGAGUUGAUGUGGUUGAUCCGGAUCGUUCUCAAGCAGAUGAAAGUGGGUGCUACCGAGAAGACCUUCCUGGACUUGUGGCACCCAGAUGGCGACGCCCUUUUCAGCGUCUCCUCCAGCCUACGGCGCGUGUGUUGGGAGCUCCACGACCGCGAAAUCCGACUGCAGCAAGAGGAGGCCGGAGUUGCCCUGAUGCAAUGCUUUCAACCCCAGCUCGCUCAGUUCCAGAUGCCCUCUUCAUUCCAGAAAAUGAUUGCACUCCUUCACCCGACCGAAGAGGACCCGGAAUUCUGGAUCGAGGAGAAGCUCGAUGGCGAGCGCAUGCAGGUGCACAUGAUCGAAGACAAGGCCCACCCCGGCGGGAGGAGAUUUUGCUUCUGGUCAAGAAAGGCCAAAGACUACACAUACUUGUAUGGCGACGGUCUCCAAGACGAAAACUCAAGUUUGACUCGUCACCUCAAGAACGCUUUCGCGCCAGGCGUCAAAAACUUGAUUCUGGACGGGGAAAUGAUUACCUGGGACAUGGGCGUGGACAAGAUGGUUCCCUUUGGUACACUCAAGACUGCUGCCAUUGCCGAACAGCAGAACAAGUCAGAUUCAGACUCCGCCGGUCAUCGACCGCUGUUCCGGAUCUUCGACAUCCUCUACCUUAACGGCAAGCAAUUGGCCCAGUACACGCUUCGAGAUCGACAUCGGGCACUCGAGAAGGCCAUCAAACCAGUUCAUCGACGUAUGGAGAUUCACGACUAUACUAGCGCCACCUCUGCCGACGCCAUUGAGCCACUCCUUCGAGACGUUGUCGCCAAUGCUUCUGAAGGCUUGGUCCUCAAGAACCCUCGCUCCAUGUACCGACUGAACAGCAGGAAUGACGACUGGCUCAAAGUCAAGCCUGAAUAUAUGUCCGAAUUUGGUGAGUCGUUAGAUUGUAUUGUUAUCGGCGGUUACUACGGCUCCGGAAGGCGCGGCGGCAUUCUUUCCUCGUACCUGUGCGGCCUUCGAGUGACACAAAAUCACAUACAGGCUGGUGCCAACCCCGAAAAGUGUUUCAGCUUCUUCAAAGUCGGUGGUGGUUUUCGAGGAGAAGACUACGCGGAAAUUCGUCACCGGACGGAGGGGAAAUGGAUUGAUUGGGACCAAAAGAACCCACCAUCAGAAUACGUCGAACUCGGCGGAGGAGAGGCCAGGCAGUUUGAGCGUCCGGACGUGUGGAUCCGACCAAAAGACUCCAUUGUUGUCUCCGUCAAGGCCGCGAGUGUCGGACCAUCAGACCAGUUCGCCCUUGGCUUCACGCUGCGAUUCCCGCGAUUCCGACGAUUGCGACUGGAUCGAACUUGGGACACCGCCCUGUCCAUAGAGGAGUUUCAGGAGCUCAAGGCGCGCGUGGAUGAAGAGUCGAAAGAAAAGGCCAUGACGGUUGAGGACCGCAAACGACGGAAUCCGAAACGCGUAAAGCGGGAGCUUGUUAUCGCGGGUGAGGAUACGGCACCCGUUGAAUUCAAGGGCGAAAAGACGAAGAUUUUUGAGGGGCUUGAGUUUUGCGUCCUCUCUGAAUCGCUCAAGCCAUAUAAGAAGACCAAGACGCAACUAGAAACCAUCAUCAGAGAGAAUGGUGGCACCAUCUCACAGCGAGCUAUGCCGGGCACUAACAUGGUCCUCAUUGCCGACAAGAAGGUUAUCAAAGUUGCCAGUCUCAUCAAGGGCGGGGACGUCGACAUGAUCCGCCCAAGGUGGCUCAAGGACUGCCUCGAGCAGGAAUCCAGCCAGGCCAUCCUCCCAUUCGAGUCAUCUCAUCUGUUCCACGCCACCGAUGCGCUAAAGCACGCGGCAGAGCAAAACACCGACCAGUUUGGCGACAGCUACGCGCGAGACGUGUCGGUCGACGAGCUCAGGGAGCUGAUGGACGGCAUGCCCAAGAUUGAGGACGGCGAGCCUUUCAACAAGAGCCAGUUUCUCGAGCAGCUUGACGAGCAUGGCAAGGAUAUGGGUAACCUGAGGAGCUUCAUGUUCCGGCGUUGUGUGGUGCUGCUUCACCAGGUUGACGUGGAUGCCAAUCGUAUUUCCACACUGAAGCACUACAUACAAUACGGUGGUGGAAUGGUCACGGAGGAUCCGAAUGACCCAUCUGUGACACAUGUCGUGAUUGAGGGCGAGGACCCAAUGAAGGUGGGCGAGGCCGGAGACAUGGUACGCAAAGAGUUGAGCUCGAGGCGUACACAGCCAAGGAUAGUGUCUGGGAUAUGGAUUGACGAGUGCUGGAAAGAACAGACAUUGCUUGACGAGGAGCAGUUUGUGGUGUCAUGA